AUGCACUUCAAUGACCAGCUUCCACCGUCGCAAGCCGCCGGAGUAUAUUCUUUUCCGUGCUGCUGUGGUCGCACUUACAUCGGAGAGACAGGAAGAACCGUAGGCAAAAGACUACGCGAGCAUAUCCGUGAUUUUAAAUUUAAAAAUGUGCAUCACUCCGCCGUAGCUCUCCACGCUUGGGAAAUCGGACAUGACUUCCUUUUAGAUAAGAACAAGGCCCUCGCCACGAAGGACAUGUGGUGUCCCAGACGGAUCAAAGAAGCAUUAGAGCUCGCGAAACGUCCCCGGAACAUCAACGGGGAUGCUGGGUUUGAUGGGAUCACUCCAUGCCAUGAUGUUAAAAUGCAAGAUGUGCUGUAACACUGAACCAACCAAUGUGAUCCUAGAAAUGUGAUGGCCAUAUUCCUGAAGAUCUCUUUAAUUAUCAGCUUCUGUCAAAGGGAGUUCAGGGAAUGGCAGCAUUCAUUCCUCCAUCUACGCUGCUCAAUGCUGAAAUAAUUUCAAGUGGAUUGUUUACUCUUUUUUUCUCUCUUCGCUACAUGUGCAUUUAAGUGAAAGAGGUGAAGUCUCAUUGAAAAAAGUGUGCAUUCAACAAAAAGUAUCACUAGGCUUAAGAAAUAAGUGUUAUUAUAUACAUAAUGUACUAAGCAGCUUCAGCAUAUCAAAAUUCAUUACACAUUGCCUAUGUAUGAAGUGAGCGACUUCAUUUGUCUGACAAGUGCAAUAUUUUAUGAAAUGCAGUAAUAUUUUAAUUAUAUUUAUUUAUAUAUUGAUUUCUUUAUACAUAUUGUAUAUUGGUUUAUUUACAAAUUGCUUUAUUUCUUGAUUUGUAUAUAUUAAAUUAUGUAUUGAAUUAUUUAUUGAUUUAUUUGUUAACACUAAGAAAGUAACUGAUAGAAAGAGAGAGGCUACGUAUGUUAGACAGUAGAUUGCGAAUGUAAUUAACAAUUUAUUUGAUUAAUAAGGAAACAGAUUUUACAUUGAAGCUUGUUAUAUAUCUAGUGUUGUUGCUUGUAAUUAACAAUCUCAAUAACUUCAAAAUUAAGUAUUAAUUAUAUUUCUAUUUAAUCCAAUUACUUACUCAGAACCAGUCAUACUGCCAAUUAUGAAUUUUAUUUCUUAUUCUGCACUUCAUUUCAAAUGAUAAUCUCUUACAUUGUGUAACUGACCUGCAUAUUCAUUUUUUGAAUAUGGUAUUGACUAGGCUGAGAUUUAGUUUUAGUCUAAUUAUUUGCUGUAAAGUCAUAAUCUGUCCUGAAACGUUUCAUUUAAAGGAUAUGUUAAAUUACUGAAAAAUUUUACGAAUUCUAAUGACGUGUUGAUGCAUUUUGAUUUGAAAAUCAAAUUACAGAACGUCCUGGGUGGUUAGAUACAUUUUCAUAUUUCAGUGCAUUAGUGAUUUUUUAUAUUCAGGCGUAAUGAAACGGAUUUGCAAUAACUAACAAUGGUUGUUUCAGCAAAAGCCAGCUCCAUUUGAGACUCGUUGAAUUCAAAAUAUAUAAUGAUUUAUAAUUAUCCCACUUGCUACUAAUUUCUGGUAAUUGCUGUUGAACAUAACUCGUGCAUCGAUUGUUACUUGUGCCAGGUCCUCAUGUGAACGUAAAACUAUGAAUCUCAUAGAUAAAAUUCUUCUGAAGUCAUGCUGGUAGAGUAUCCAACUGUUUAUUUUCUAGGUCGUAAUGUUCAUAGAAUAUUUUACUUAACACAAUCAUUCUUGCGCUUUCAUAAAAACUUGUCAUUCACAAUAAAACAAUUUUUAGAGUGGGUGCAACAUAUUAUUGGUUCAGAAUGUGUUUAAAUUUUCUAUCAUUUAAUGUGUAAUACUUAAAAUAUUGAUAGCUGAGAUCGCAAAAAGACUAAAAGUAUUGUAAACAAAUGUUUUUCUCUAAAGUGCGAAAAUACCAAUAACUUGUUUUUAUUAUACUUGCAACAUUUCACAUUUCGAACAACACACCAAACUCACAUUAAAGCCUUGUGGCAAAAUUAACUCACAAAAUACUGUGAUUGUUCUGAAUGCUUUGAAAACGGCUUCCACAUUUGCAAUGAAUUCAUAUACUUUUCCGUUUAUUAAUGACUAAUUCUAGCAUUGUGAAUAUGAAAUAUUGUUUCCUCUGUUUUGCAGCGGUUUCUAAACCUUGAGCUGAAGAGCAAUUUAUAUUUUUCUGUCUUUUAUGCUUUUUGGGUUUUCACCAUUGAUGGACCUGUUGAAAAUCUGGUAUUAUUAGAACUAUUUUUUAUUCUUAAUUUACUAUAUUUACUGGUGAUGUAGUUCUCUACUCCCGUCGCUUAACGAGAACCGAGGCAACUGAAUAUGCUCACAAAAAUUUUUUCCUGCGUUAAAAGUCCAAUGGUGGAACACACGAGCUCACAAUAAUAGCUUAUGUCGGUGGAAGAACACAUUUAUGUGUGGUUUCGUAGCAUCUGCACCUCUUAGCUAGUGGUAACUAGAUGGGAUGAGUUCUUACAGGACGCCAUUCCGCUUUGCUAUAGAGAAUGAUUUGCAUUGUGGCCUCUUUAUCCGUUGUAACGCUAGGAACGUGCGAAGUUAGUCAUGUUCAAUACUUACUCAAGGGCAAUCAUUCGUAUGGUCGCCGAUUUUACCAAAAUCCAUGUUCACAGUUUAUUCUUUAUGAAAGUUUCCGAGACAAUCCUGGUAUCUGCCCGAAAGAUUUUGUGUCACCCAGACGUCUGGCCUCCAGGAUGAGGCCAAUCAAAAGCUCAUAUAUUACGUUUCCUUCUUAGACUCAUAGUCGU